AAUUAGACCUCGGAUGGAAGCAGAAGCAGACGGUACACUUUCGUAAAAACCAGAAUGAAAAAGGUAUUUUUCUCUAAUAUCGUAAGAGGAAGAAAACAGAGACGUCAGAUGUUUUCUGCACCGAAAUACAUGGUUUUCUCAUUUAUGUAGAAGAAAUUUGCAAGAAAAUCUGGUUGUUGCGGUGAGAGCGUUGGCCUGCUGUGAUCUAGUACGUCAUACUGGGAAGUGGAGCUCUUUCCACCUCUUCUUGGGUCGGUUUUGGUGCGUACAUUUUCCAAGGAAUUUGUUCAGUUCACCUCAGUCUUCAAAUGUAUUCAUGGAAAGUAUCAGAAUGGCAGCGCAACUGAACCUGCCAGAAAAUACAGAUGACUGGACAAAAGAGGAUGUAAAUCGGUGGUUAGAGAGUCAUAAAAUUGACCAAAAGCACAGAGAAAUCUUGAUUGCACAAGAUGUCAGUGGAGCAAUCUUGAAGUGGUUAACUAAAAAUAACCUUAUCGAAAUGGGCAUAACACAUGGACCAGCUAUCCAAAUAGAAAAUCUAUUCAAAGAAUUGCAGAAAACAUCUUCUGAAGGUUCUUUGCAGACAAGUAAGAAGAAAAAAGGCAGUAAAAAUGUUCCUAAAACACAAACGGUGAUGCAAGAGGAAAAUGGGGAAACUUCAAAGCAAAAACAAAAGAACAAAGAGAAAUCAGAUAUGGCUAAUGCCCCUACAGUGAGCACAGUUACUAAAGAUUCUAAGUCACUAAAAAAUGAAUUCAAGGUAAAUGAAAUAGAUGACACAAAAGAAAAGCAGCCAUCCGUAGAACUAACAUGUGUAUCAUACCCUUUUGAUGAAUUCAGUGAUCCAUAUCGUUACAAAUUGAAUUUUAGUCUACAGCCUGAAACAGGACCGCUCAAUCUCAUUGAUCCAAUACAUGAAUUCAAAGCAUUCACGAACACAGAACGAGCCAGAGAAGAGGACAUUAAGAUGAAAUUUAGCAAUGAGGUUUUCCGGUUUGCUUCAGCUUGCAUGAAUUCACGUACCAAUGGCACCAUUCAUUUUGGCGUCAAAGAUAAACCCCAUGGAAAAAUUGUUGGCGUGAAAGUCACCACAGUCACCAAGGAAACCCUCAUUGACCACUUCAAUCUGAUGAUUCAGCAGUACUUUGAAGACCAUCAGGUCCAAAAAGCAAAGAAGUGCAUUCGAGAGCCAAGAUUUGUAGAAGUUUUACUGCCAAACAGUACUCCAUCUGACAGAUUUGUUAUUGAAGUGGAUGUCAUUCCAAAAUACUCUGAAUGUGAAGAUGAUUAUUUCCGGAUUAAAAUACAAAAUUGCGACAACAACACAUGGAAACAGAGUUCAAAAUUCUCAAUCUUUGUGCGAGAUGGGGCCAGCUCCAAGGAUAUCAUGAAAAAUAAUGCAGAUUUCAAAGAGUUUAAAUUAGAUUUAAAAACACUGGCAGAGGCUAGAAAGGAGGCAGAAGAAAAAUACAGACUAAAAACAAGCAAAAAAGAGAAUGAGGGACCAAAGCUUGUUAAAUUGUUGACAGGAAAUCAGGAUUUGCUAGAUAAUUCAUACUACGACUGGUAUAUUCUUGUAACAAAUAAAUGCCAUCCAAAUCAAAUAAAACACUUAGAUUUCCUAAAGGAAAUUAAAUGGUUUGCUGUCUUAGAGUUUGAUCCUGAAUCUGUGAGCAAUGGGGUAGUCAAAGCUUACAAAGAAAGCCGAAUAACAAACCUUCACUUUCCAAGUUUAUACAUGGAGGGGAAAACCACAUCAAAUGAGAAGAUUACUAGUCUGAAUCUUUAUCAACAACCCAGCUGGAUUUUCUGCAAUGGCAGGAUAGACCUUGACAGUGAAAAAUAUAAACCCUUAGACCCAAGUUCCUGGCAAAGAGAAAAAGCAUCUGAAGUCAGGAAACUGAUUUCGUUUCUUACUCAUGAAGAUAUAAUGCCAAGAGGGAAGUUUUUGGUGGUAUUUCUAUUACUCUCCUCCGUGGAUGACCCAAGAGACCCUCUUAUUGAGACCUUCUGUGCUUUCUACCAAGAUCUCAAAGGAAUGGAAAAUAUAUUGUGUAUUUGUGUACACUCACACAUAUGUCAGAGAUGGAAAGAUCUACUUGAAGCAAGAUUAACAAAACAGCAAGAUGAAUUAUCAAACCAAUGUAUUUCUGCUUUAAGUCUUGAAGAGAUAAAUGGAACCAUUCUUAAACUAAAAUCUGUGACUCAAUCUUUAAAGAGAUUUUUGCCAUCUAUUGGUUCGUCUACUGUCCUUCUGAAAAAGGAAGAAGAUAUCAUGACCUCUCUGGAAAUUCUCUGUGAAAAUGAAUGUGAAGGUACUCUCUUAGAGAAGGAUAAAAAAAAAUUCCUUGACUUCAAGACAUCAAAAGAGGAAGACUUCUAUCGAGGUGGUAAAGUAUCAUGGUGGAACUUCUACUUUUCUUCUAAAAGCUAUUCUUUACCUUUUGUCAAAAGGGAUAAAUAUGAAAUACUUGAAGAAAUGAUUCAAAACUGGGCAGAUUCUUCUAAACCAACAUGUGUCAAAAUUAUUCAUCUGUAUCACCAUCCAGGCUGUGGUGGGACUACCUUGGCUAUGCAUAUUCUCUGGGAACUAAGAAAGAAAUUCAGGUGUGCUGUGCUGAAAAACAAGACAAUGGAUUUUUCUGAAAUUGGAGAACAAGUAGCUACUUUAAUCACCUAUGGGGCAACAAACCAGCAAGAAUACCUACCUUUACUGCUCCUUGUUGACGAUUUUGAAGAAGAAGAUAAUGUCUAUCUUCUGCAGUCCUCUAUUCAAACAGCUGUAGCUAAUAAGUACAUUCGAUAUGAGAAACCUCUCGUGAUCAUCCUAAAUUGCAUGAGAUCACAGAAUCCUGAAAAAUGUGCAAAGAAUUUGGAUGGUAUCGCCCUGAUACAAAACCUAUCUCCCAAAGAACAGAGAGCUUUUGAGUUUAAAUUGAAAGAAAUUGAAGAGCAACAUGAAAACUUUAAAGAUUUUUAUUCCUUCAUGAUCAUGAAAACCAAUUUUAAUGAAAAGUACAUAGAAAAUGUAGUCAGGAAUAUCCUGAAAGGACAAAAUAUUUCCACCAAGGAAGCAAAACUCUUUUCUUUUCUAGCUCUUCUUAAUUCAUAUGUGCCUGAUACCACCAUUUCACUAUCACAGUGUGAAAAUUUCUUAGGAAUCACAAACAAGAAGGCUUUCUGGGGAGUAGAAAAAUUUGAAGACAAGAUGGGCACCUACUCUACAAUUCUGAUAAGAACAGAGGUGGUGGAAUGCGGGAAGUACUGUGGAGUGCGCAUUAUUCACCCUUUGAUUGCCGAUCGCUCACUGGAAGAAUUGAGGACAAGCUAUCACCUGGAUAAAAGUCAAAUUAUGCUGGAUAUGUUAACAGAAAAUUUGUUCUAUGAAACUGGUCUAGGAAAAAGCAGAUUUUCAGAACAUAUACAAACACUGCUGCUCACAAGGCAGCGCAAUGAACAUGAAGGUGAAACAGGAACUUUGUUUUCCCCAUUCAUUGAAGCAUUACAUAAAGAUGAAGGGAACGUGGCAGUUAAAGAGGUAUUGCUUGAAGGUAUUCGUCGGUUUAACUCAAAUGCAUUCAUUUGCCAAGCCUUGGCAAGACAUUUCUACCUUAAAGAGAAGGACUUUAGCAGUGCUCUAAAAUGGGCAAAUCAAGCAAAAAAGAUAGAACCAGACAAUUCUUAUAUUUCAGAUACACUAGGCCAAGUCUACAAAAGUAAAAUAAGAUGGUGGAUAGAGGAUAAUGGAAAAAACAGGAACAUUUCAGUUGAUAAUCUAACUGAUCUUUUGGAAUUAGCAGUAGAAGCCACAAAUGCCUUCAAAGAAUCUCAACAGCAAAGUGAAGACAGACAGUACGAGGGGAAGGAGAGGUUUUAUCAGAAGUCAAAAAGGCGGUAUGACACUUACAAUAUAGCUGGUUAUCAAGGGGAGAUAGAAGCUGGGCUCUAUACAAUCCAGAUUCUUCAAUUAAUUCCUUUUUUUGACAGCAAAAAUGAAUUGUCUAAAAGAGAUAUGAUCAAUUUUAUAUCAGGAAGUAGUGAUAUUCCUGGGGAUUCAAGCAAUGAAUUUAAAUUAGCCCUCAAGAACUUUAUUCCUUAUCUAACUAAUUUGAAAUGUUCUUUGAAAAGGUGCUUUGAUUUUUUUGAUGAUUACUUUGUCCUUCUAAAACCAAGGAACAACAUUAAGCAAAAUGAAGAGGCAAGAACUCGGAGAAAGGUGGCUGGACAUUUUAAGAAGUAUGUAGAUAUAUUUGGUCCCUCAGUGGAAUCACAAAACAAAGAUCUCGGAGCAAAGCUUAGUAUCCCACUUCAAGUAGAGCUGUAUCGGAAAAGCCUAGAAGUUUUAAAAGCAGACAAGUUUUCUGGGCUCUUGGAAAAUCUUAUCAAAAAUCAAGAAGAUGCUAUAAGGACCAUGGACGAUAUAGUGAACAAAUAUACUUUUCUCUUUGAACAGGGCACUGUCAAAAUCCAGCCAAAAGAAAAGCAAAAUUUCAUCUUGGCUAACAUCAUUCUCUACUGUAUUAAACCUACCUCCAAAAUAGUGAAGCCAAUUAGAAAGUUGAAAGAUCAGCUUCGAGAAGUCUUGCAACAAAUAGGGCUGACUUAUCGAUUUUCAGAACCUUAUUUCCUGGCUUCCCUCUUAUUCUGGCCAGAAAACCAAGACCUAGAUCAAGAUUCUAAACAAAUGGAAAAGUAUGCUCGGUCAUUGGAAAAUUCUUUCAGGGGGCAAUAUAAACAUAUGUAUCGCACGAAGCAACCAAUUGCAUAUUUCUUUCUUGGGAAAGGUAACAAUAUGACCAGACUUGUUCACAAAGGAAAAAUUGAUCAAUGCUUUAGAAAUACAUCUGAUAUUAAUUCCUUGUGGCAGAGUGGAGAUGUGUGGAAGGAGAGAAAUGUGCAAAAACUUUUGCUUCGUUUAAAGGGACGAGCUGAAAAUAAUUGUUUGUACAUAGAAUAUGGGGUCAAUGAUAAAAUCACAAUACCCAUCACACCUGCUUUCUUUGGUCAACUUAGAAGUGGCAGAAGCAUAGAAAAAGUGUCUUUUUACCUGGGAUUUUCCAUUGGCGGCCCACUUGCUUAUGACAUUGAGAUUAUUUAAGAACCUGACCCUCUCUCUCCAGGAAUAUGAUCUCAAUAGCACUUAAUUUUUUUUAGACCCAAGAUCUAUACUUUAAAUUGGCAAAUUUAUAGAUAUAGUCCCUGGCUUUUCAGCCCUGUACAUACAAUAUUUAUAUUUCCUUUUAAGCGUGUUAUGAGUCCUACACAGACUGUGGUCAAAAAGGAAGGAGUGAGAGACGUGGAAAGUAUCAAAUAUCUUCGUUGGUUUGGAUAACACCAUUGAAGACAAGAUAAGAAGGAGCUGUGGAUGGAAUUAAGAGAGGCGAAUGUAAUAAUUGAGCCACACAGAACCCCACCACUUCCCCCAAUUACCCAACCAAGGCAUGGAUUGAGGAAGAUUGCCUACUUUCUUCUCAAAUGUGAAAAUUUUUCAGAACAGGAAAAAAUAGUUAUCAUUCCAAGACAUUACAACAUGUGAGAAACUAUUUCACAAAAAAAGUGAAAACCUCUCCAAACAAGGAGCAACAUUUAUUCUUCCAGGCAGAACAGAAAUGUACUUGUAUUUGGCACUCAUAGGUCUUUCAAAGAAGAGAACCAACCAAUUCUCUGAAGGUCACACCCAUAGAAGUCAGCUGAUCUUACCAUAAUAAGCUGGAGAAUUAGACUACCUUUUCAUGCAGUAGGAGGCAGUUGAGCAAAAGUGAAAUUUGUCUCUGCAGCUAAUGAGCUUAUAGACUUACAAACAAAAAUACACCCAAGCUCCAAGGCUAAUGAAUAAAAAGGAUUCCUGUGAAAAGGCUAAUGAGUCACCCAUCCAGGAGAUCCCAACGUACUAGCAAGUAUACAUAUAACCUACACACUGAACGAGCACAAUCACUGAGAUGUAAUCAAAGUGUAAUUUUCCCUAAUAAAAUUAUGGAUAUGGGCAGUUGUCAAUGGUUGCCAAAACUGAUAAAAGCUGAUAAAAAAUUUUAUAACAGACGAAUCAGACUGUCCUAAAUCCUGAUCAAUAUUAACACUGCAGAGAGACAGCCAGACAUUGUGGGCCUUGAAGUGCUACAGGAGUGCACACAUCACCUGGAGAUAGUCUUGCCAAAUAAUUGAACCUGAAUCUGAUCAAGCCUCUGGAUCUUGCUUCCAAUUUAAAGGAAAUACAGAUGUUAGAUAUGCUCCUAAGUAAUUCCAUGUAUGGGUUAUGGGGAUAGUGAAAGGAAAGUGAAGGGGCAGGAUAGCUGAGUUAACAAGUACGUCAUGAUGAAUGCAUGAGAGUUAAUUAUACUCCUCUCUUCUUUGGACUGUGCUUUUGAAAUUUUCUGUUAUAAAACAUUUGUAAAAUAAAAAGUGCAAUUUGUUUUUAUCUUCA